AUGGCGCGCGCAGAAGAACACCUGAAUUCGCUACCCCCCAUAGACGUAGCCUACGAUCCCAGCAUUCUCACGGAAGACACAGAUGAAGACUCCUGGACUCCCCUCCAACUUGCCUCUCGACGAGGCGACAUCCAAACAGUCAAGGACAUUCUCACCACCAAUGCCUCGGCCGUCAAUGAUCCCGCCCAUGGAUACUACGGGCAAACUGCCCUUCAAACAGCCUGUAUACACGGCCACGAAGAAAUAGCCCAGCUCCUGGUAGACGCCGGCGCGGACAUACACUUCAGCGGCGGCAACAACAUGCAACGCAACGCCCUCCAAUUCGCAUGCGGCCAGGGAAACCUAACCAUUGCCAAGAUGCUGCUCGCCCACGGCGCAGAAGUGAACACCAGAGGACCCGGCUCGUCAACCACAGUAACCAGAUAUAACGGGCGGACAGCCCUGCAAGCAGCGUCAGAACGAGGCCACACACACAUCGUCCUGCACCUCCUUGCCCUCGGCGCAGAAGUAAACGCCCCGCCGUCUCCAAACGCCGGCCUCACAGCACUGCAGGGCGCCUCUGCGAACGGGUUCACGGACAUUGUGCACACGUUGCUCGAGCACGGGGCGGAUGUGAAUGCCACGGCGGCGAGGCACAAGGGCAAGACGGCGCUGCAGGCGGCCUGUCUACGGGGCCACUUGGGGAUAGUUGAUGUGCUGCUGGGGGCGGGGGCGGACGUACAUGCUUUGGGGGGCAAGAGCGGUGAUGCUACGGCUUUGCAUGCCGCGGCGGAGGGCGGGCAUGUUGAUGUGGUGAGGAGGUUGGUGAGCGUAGGGGCGGAUGUGAAUGAUGGGGGAGGGAGGGGACAGUCGCCUAUUCAGAGUGCGGCGAGGGGGGGGCAUGAGGAUGUGGUGAGGGUUUUGAGGGAGUUGGGUGGUGUUGGGAGGAUGGGGGGAGGGAGAGAGUUGUUUUCGUGA